AUGGCAAUUUCUUGUUUCAUGAUGAGCCUAGAAGACCUUGAUGUCGGUGUUGUGAAGACCUUCCACCCCACUGAUUCUGAUUUAGUGGGAACCUAUCUCUACAACAGAAUCAAAUCCCCAACCCCAAUUGGAGGAAAACAAACAUUCCCUGAGAUUGAAAUAUAUGGCACCACAGGUUUACCACCAUGGGAUAUUUGGAGAAUUUAUGAGCCUUCCAAAUUUCCACAUCAAGAUUAUAUCUAUUUCUUCUCCCGGGUCAAGAAGUUGGGUUCCCGCUGUUCUCGCAGAAUUGGCUGCCAUGGGGGCACAUGGAGCGAGACAGAAGCUGCUAAACCUGUCUAUGUCAGUGGAAUUGAAGAGCCUUAUGGGAAACUAAGGAAGUUUAGAUACGAGAACAACAAAGACAAGGGCUUUGAACACCAUGCUGCUUGGUUGAUGGAUGAGUACACCAUCAACCAAGCACCCGAUCUGGCUUUGUGCCGACUCAAAGUCAAUGAUAAAGGAGCUGGAGGAAGAAAAAAGAGGAAGAAGAGUUCUUAUGAGACUAAUGAGGACGAGAAUCACAGAAAGACAAAGAGAGUUCAAGUUCAAAACAACACGUGUGAGCAACAAAAGGGAAGUGCCUCAUUUAGUAGUACACAGCAACUGCCCCCACAAUGUGAUGAUCAUGAUUACUCUAUGGAUGAGAACCUAUUGUUCUCUCCAACUGGCUUGGUUGAUGAUGAUUAUCAUGACAUUUUCAGUAGUGAUGAGUUUAUGGCUUCUCUUGAUCAAUGGUAUGAGGAACAACUUUCGGAUUCUUCACUACUAGUGCCGCAACAACAAGUAGAACCUAACAAUAGUUGCGAGGAACAACAACACCAACAAGAUGAGCAGAAACUGCUGCCUUCUCCCUCUCUUGUUCACGAGCAGCAGCUCUCUGGUGGUUUUGAUCUGAUGGUUUGUGGUUAUGAUAUUCCACUCGAUACUCCCUACUUGCAGUCUGACGAAUUUUAUGGAUUUGAUCAAGAUCAGCCUAAAGCACUGUGA